UGUUAAGUCAACCUACAUUCUCUUUCAAGAUGGCGGAUUCCUCGGAGUCGGACGAUGUCGAAGAAAAAGCCUUGCAAAAGGGCGAAAAAAGAAGGCAAGAAGAAAGCGAUGAAACUUCUGACGAGGGUUCAUCAUCAGAGGUAGAAACGGAUGGCUCAGAUGAAAGCUUUGAUGAAAAUAUGGAGAUUCCAGUUGAAUUUGAAGCAUUUCCUCCUACUGAAGAAGAUUUUGGUGGAAUACGGUGCCUGUUACAGCAAUUGUUUUUAAAAAAUACCUUGGAUCUAUCGAAACUUAGUGAUCUGAUCAUUUCUCAACCUGAAGUAACCACUCUGAUUAAGGUAGUGAAUGAUGAUGACCAAGAAAGCAAUGGUGAAGCCAAAAAUGAUGAUGAUGAUGAAUCAGAAGAUGGUGUUUUUGGAUUGACAACUGUGAUUGACUUAAAAAAGCAUAAGGAAAGUGAUGUCAUCAAACAACUUAAAAAGCUACUAACUGAUAAAUGCCAAGAGUCGGCUUCAAAAGAAGACAAAGCAGAAUUUACUGUGGUGAUGGAUGGACAACAUUCUGUAGGAUUUCUCAUCAGUGAACGUUUUAUUAAUAUCCCACCACAGAUAGCAGUGCCAGUUUACAAAACCUUAAGAUCUGAACUGAAAAAGGUCCAUAAAAAGGGUGAAGAUGCACCAAUCUCCUAUUUUGUAAUGAUUUGCAAGACAUACAAAGACACUGAGACCAAAAUGCCACAGAAGUCUAAAAAAGUCAAGACCGAAGAGUCGGCGAGUACAUUGAAUUUUAUUAAUGUGGAGGAUGAAGUGUUCCUAAGGGAGAGUCAAUUGUCCUUCAGUUACACAGCCAGUGCAGAUGUUGAUGAAACCCUUGUAGCUGGAAGAUGGGCUUCAAGUGAUUGUGAAUUAAAACCUUAUCGCACUGUCCUGGUGCUUUCUGCUGACAAGUUUGAUAAAGCACUUGAAGGAGUAAACAUAAUGCUGACACAGUAAUGAUCUCUCUUCAAAUGUCUUUACGCAGGCAUUGAAAGAAACUCCGUACUUCCCACAGAACAUUGUGUAGGGCUUAGAUAAAAUAUCAACAAAGUGUGAAAGUGAAGGAUGGGUGUGAAUAUUUACUAUUUGUUUACCUACACCUUGGGUCCCAGGGGUGUUUGGUUUCUCUUUACAAGAAUCAUAACAGUUGCAGCUCACUUGAACAACUUUGCCUUUGAGUUGGCUUUCUUUGCUCAAUUAAUAUUAUCUGCAAUGUUAACUUCUUGGGCAGGGGUUUCAAACUAGACCAUCUACUAUUGCCUACAAGGCCUCUUGCCACCAACUUUUAAGAUUUUAAUCGUUGGAUGUGGGUGGCAUCUGUAGAAUUUUAUCUGCCUACUCCACCAUUGGCAGACAGUGGUACCCUUAUCCCUUUGAACACAUCUGUGAAAUGACAUGGUGUCAUUACAAAGCACCAUCCAUAUAUUGGGAAAAGGAAAUUGUAGCUAUUGAUUUUACUCAUGUAUUAUAUACAGUCUACACAUUUUUAUCUAGCUAUUAAACAAGUUUGAAAGAUCUCCAAAUGUCAGACAGUGAAUUAAUAAAGUUUGAGACACAUCUGU